CUAGGAUGGGCUCAUAUGUUUGACAGGUAGUCCAUGGAUCUUACGAGGUAGGUUUAUAUUCCACACUCCCACAUACAGAGAUGGAAUUCUCUUCAUACGCACAGAUUGCAUACCUCCAAAUACACAUAUAUAUCCGCCUCAUGGUGUGUCGUCUUUUCCUUUCUUUUAAGGAAACCAGGUGCUUCCCUUUUCCCUUUGAAUUUAUUCAUCAGCAUGAACCUCUUUCAGAUUUCAGAAUUGGAAUAAAGAAUCAGAGGAACUAAAACCCAGACCAACACCCACCCUUAUCACUCUUAAAUAUCUGCUGAGACCUCCCCCACAGAUAUCAGAAUCAUAGCCUCCCUCUCAAUCUCUCUCUCUCAUGCUCAACAGCCCUUUUCACUCCCACUUUUCUCUCUCUCUAUCGAGUCAUGGAAGAAACAGAUAAGUCCAAUGCUAACAAGAAAUGCACUCCCAAAGGCAGGAGUUUCAGUGGAAGGACCAACCCUAAUGAUCAUCAGUUGUUUCAAUACUCAAAUCCUUUUAGGUUCUCUAACCAGAACCAGUACCGGAGCUACUCAGCUCUUCAUCCUCCGCCUCCUCCCAUACCUCUGCCUCAAAACCAGAACUUUAGAUCAAAAGCCCAUUUGCAGAAACCUUCAUGGAAGCAUGACAACCCCCCUCGUGCCACCUCGUCGGAUACCCAGGUCUCACCACUCACAGUAUCAACAGCACCAGAGGACACCGAGCGGCGAGCCAGUUUCUCCCCCAGAGGAGAAAAUGGAAGGAAGGUCAUGGGUGCCACACAAGCAAUGGUGACUGCAAGAAGACCAGAUUCUGGUGGAAUAGAAGGGCCAGUUAUAUCUCUUCUUGCAAACCAUUUUCUUGUCCAGUUUGAUUCUUCGCAGAGAAUAUUCCAUUAUGAUGUUGAGAUCUCUCCAAAUCCUUCCAAGGAAGUGGCUCGAAUGAUCAAGAGAAAACUAGUCGAGGAGAAGUCUGUUGAGCUGUCUGGUGCUCUUCCUGCCUUUGAUGGGCGAAAGAAUCUCUACAGCCCAGUCGAAUUCCAAAAUGACAGGCUUGAACUAUUUAUUGGUCUUCCCAUUCCCACUAGCAAGUCAUUGUCACCGUCAGGGGAAAUAAAGGACGCCUUGCAAGAAAAGCAUCCACAGAUUAAGCUCUUCCGCAUAAACAUCAAACUUGUAUCAAAAUUUGAUGGGAAGGAAUUGAAUAGCUACUUGAGCAAAGAGGGAGAUGAUUGGAUUCCACUUCCUCAGGAUUAUCUUCAUGCUCUAGAUAUUGUUUUGAGGGAGAGCCCCACUGAGAAGUGUGUGCCUGUGGGUAGAUCACUGUACUCGAGUUCAAUGGGAGGGACUAAAGAAAUUGGAGGAGGGGCGGUUGGAUUAAGAGGGUUCUUUCAGAGUCUUAGACCAACCCAGCAAGGACUUGCUCUCAAUGUGGAUUUUUCAGUGACCGCAUUCCAUGAGAGCAUAGGAAUAAUACCCUACUUGCAGAAGCGUGUUGAGUUUCUUCGAGACCUUUCCCAGAGGAAGACAAGAGGUUUGACGGGCGAAGAAAGGAAAGAAGUGGAGAAGGCAUUGAAGAAUAUCAGGGUCUUUGUAUGUCAUAGAGAAACUGUUCAGAGAUAUCGGGUGCAUAGCUUAACGGAGGAAACUACGGAAAAUCUCUGGUUCAAAGACAGGGAUGGGAAGAUUCUGAGGCUGGUGAAUUACUUCAAGGAUCACUAUAGCUACGAUAUACAGUUCAGGAAUUUACCAUGUUUGCAGAUUACAAGUAGCAAACCAUGCUAUCUUCCUAUGGAGCUUUGUAUGAUCUGUGAAGGCCAAAAAUUUCUUGGGAAGCUAUCUGAUGAUCAAACUGCAAGAAUACUUAAAAUGGGCUGCCAGAGACCAAGAGAACGAAAAGCCAUUAUUGAUGGGGUCAUGAGAGGAGCGGUUGGGCCAACAAGUGGCAGCCAGGAAAGAGAAUUCAAACUUGAUGUUUCAAGAGAAAUGACACGAUUGAAUGGGAGAGUUCUGGAACCUCCUAAGCUAAAACUUGGUGACGGUGGGCAUGUAAGAGAUCUAAUUCCUUCCCGUCAUGAUCGGCAGUGGAACCUUUUGGACAGUCAUGUGUUUGAAGGGACUCACAUAGAAAGGUGGGCACUGAUUAGCUUUGGUGGCACUCCAGAUCAGAAAUCUAAUAUUCCCAGAUUCAUAAUCCAGCUAUCUCAAAGGUGUGAACAAUUGGGCAUCCUUCUUAACAAAAACACCGUCAUGAGCCCCCAGUUUGAACCAAUCCAAGUUCUCAACAAUGUCUCCCUUUUGGAAUCUAAACUCAAGAAAAUCCACAGAACUGCAUUGAAUAAUCUCCAGCUUCUUAUGUGCAUAAUGGAGAGAAAGCACAAAGGGUAUGCAGAUUUGAAGCGAAUUGCUGAGACCAGCAUUGGGGUUGUAAGUCAGUGCUGCUUGUACCAAAAUCUUGGCAAGUUGAGUUCACAGUUCCUGGCAAACCUGGCUCUCAAGAUCAAUGCCAAAGUCGGAGGAUGCACUGUUGCCUUGUACGAUUCAUUACCUUCCCAGAUCCCGCGCCUCCUUCGCCCCGAUGAGCCAGUCAUCUUCAUGGGUGCUGAUGUGACUCAUCCUCACCCGCUUGAUGAUUUCAGCCCCUCUAUUGCAGCCGUGGUUGGGAGCAUGAACUGGCCAUCAGCUAACAAGUAUGUUUCAAGAAUGAGGUCCCAGACCCAUCGUCAAGAAAUUAUCCAGGAUCUUGGUGCUAUGGUCGGAGAAAUACUGGAUGAUUUUUAUCAGCAAGUUUCCCAACUCCCCAAGAGGAUAAUUUUUUUCAGGGAUGGAGUCAGCGAAACCCAGUUCUAUAAGGUGCUCCAAGAGGAGUUGCAAGCGAUAAGAGUGGCUUGCUCUAGAUUUCCCAGUUACAGGCCUCCCAUUACUUUUGCAGUGGUUCAGAAGAGGCACCACACGAGAUUGUUUCCGAAUGAAAGCAAUCCAUCUUCCAUUGGAAACCAGUUCUCGGACGACAACAUCCCCCCAGGGACAGUUGUUGAUGCUGUGAUUACUCACCCAAGGGAAUUUGAUUUCUAUCUUUGUAGCCAUUGGGGUGUGAAGGGAACAAGCCGACCAACCCAUUACCAUGUCUUAUGGGAUGACAACCAUUUCACUUCUGAUGAACUCCAGAAGCUGGUUUACAAUCUAUGCUACACAUUUGUGAGAUGUACCAAACCGGUUUCGUUGGUGCCCCCAGCUUACUACGCCCACCUGGCUGCAUACCGAGGCAGACUAUACCUGGAGCGUUCAGAAUUCACAGCAUUGGCUAGAAGCACUAGCGCACUCUCCCGAGCUGCCCCUCCUAAGACAGCUCCUCUGCCCAAACUUAGCGAGAAUGUUAAGAAACUGAUGUUCUAUUGCUGAUGCUUUUUCUUAAAUUCGUGAAUCACAUGGCCUACGCACAUUUUAAGUCCACAUGGAUGUGACAAAAUCUUAUAAAACAA